AUGUCCCGCGUGGGCGUCUAUGCGUGGCCGUGGAGGCGGCCAGCGCGCGUGUUUGACGCCGCCGCCAGCGCCCGCGGCAUGCCACCCAUGCGCGUCCUGGACAUCGGCGGGGUGUCGGGUCGCGCUGCCGCCGGCGACGACGCCAACGAUGACGAAGGCGGUGAGACUGAGACACACCCGUCGACGGUGUUCGGUCCCACGCUCGACUCGUUCGACGUGGUGGUGAAGGGUUACCAUCUGCCAGAGCUGCGCAUCGGGGACUGGCUGGUGUUCCACGACGUUGGCGCCUACACCACCGUGCUGAGCUGUGACAUCAAUGGCUUCUCCACGUUCGACAUGAAAACCUACCUCGCCUUCUCCUCUGUCUAG